CGGCCAACGUCUCAGUAGAGCCGAUGGUUUGAUGCUGAAAACUACACUGCUCCUGCUAUCGUUUUUAUCGUGUGUAAGAAAGAAAAGUUGUAUGACGCUACCUGAAAUAUAUAGAGUUGAUCCCGUAAACUUCCCAGGAUGUCCUCAAGAGGGAAAGCGAUUUUGCCGCGGAAGUUUCCAUGGCGAACAUUUUACAACUAGAGUGUACGAAAACAUUACUUUGAUCGCACUAAACCAACGAAGCAGACUUCAAAAUCUCGCAACGCUGUAUCCAAUACCACGAACAAUAGUGGAGACCAGAGCAAGCGAGAGGGCCACUGCGGCAACCACCACUGAAAUAACGGCGACAACAACUGACCACGUUUACAAAAACUACGAUAAUGCCUAUGCGCAAAUCACAUACCGCAUCGACUGCAACCUCGAAGAAGACAACCAAAGGGGCAGUGUGGCAGUAUACUUUUUGAUACCUGCGGGAGUCAUUAUUCUUCUUGCUGCGAGCGCUGCAGCGUUUGUAUUAGCAAAGCGAAGAAGAAAAUCAAAACAAGCCGUCAUAAGUGAACCAGAACCAAAAUCGGCGUCUAAAGCUCUAAAGCCAAGCGAAUCGAAGGAAACUAGGAAAGCUCUGCCGAAAAAGAAGGCAUCCGUGCCAAAGAAGCCAACACCUGCCACUAAACAGAUGAUAAAACAGCCUGCGAAACAACCUGUCAAGAAAGCAAGACAAGCCACUACCGCCAAGCAACCUGCAAAACCAAAGGAACCCACUCCCAUUAAAAAGAUCAUACAGCUUUACGAUAAAGGUAGUUCCGAAAGUGAAUCAAACAAAGAGUCGACUAAUAGUGCUAAAAUAAUCGUGGCGCCGAAUUUGUUGCAGAAGCAGGAAAAACAGAAUUCUAUGUUCGGAGGCCUUGUUCAUCUUUAA